AUGCGGAAGUGGUCGACAGAGGCCGGCAUUCCGCCAGAGCCCCGAUCUCGUGGAGGACCACAAGGCACGCAACAACGAUACAACACAAACAACGACCCGAUGGCCGGCAUAAGCCAAGCACCUGCGGACACGAGUACGUUCAGACCAACGAGUCUCGGAAACAACAGGCCAUAUGUCAGUCGUCGUGGACCUGAUCUGCGGCCUGCUCCAGAUAAUUUCUCCAACAGCGAGAACGUGGCUGAGGAGGAAUUUUCAGCAUUGGAACGGGACAUCCGAGAAGCGGAAGCCGUCCGCCUUGGGGCUCGCAGUCUUCGCCAGAGGGACGAGAUAAUACACAGGCCGGACGAGAGGAAUAUUGCUCAGCGUGGAGCCGACCUGGAUCGGAAAAUUCAAGAGCUUGACUCGACGCGCAGACGUCUUGCGCAGCAGAGGACCGUCGAUGAGGCCAGGCACCAAGGAGACCCGGGUACGAUUCGCCAUCUUCAAGCCACCAUGAUGCAGACGAUUCCACAGCUCGAGUCGAUGGAGUCAAAGAUUUCCAAGCAGGCAGCAGAACUGAAUGCCGCCAAGACAAGACACCAGAAGAACGCAACGAGGAUUGCUGAGCUCGAAGCCAAGUUGAAGCAGAAUGAUCAAGAGAAGGCCAUAAUUUUCGACCUUCAAACCACAAUCAUGGAGAAUGAUCAACAGCUCGCAUCAAGUCAUAAACGACUCUCAGCGUACGCGAAGAAGAUCAGGAAGUUGGAAGGGGAACUAUCUGAGCUCAAAGGGCGAGCGAUGCCAUACGAGACACCCCACCUCCUCAAGCGCCCUUCCAUGCGUAUGAACCAUAGCGCGACACUUCCAGGUUCCCUGCAACCGUCGCUGUUGGCGCAGCCAAGAAAUCGUCCACGUACGCCCCCAAGCUAUCCAGCAAAGAAGCCACGAACACACUCCCCAAACGUGUCCGAUGAGGAUGAUGCUGCUAAGAUGACAGAGACAACUCACGUGAGCCAGACAGCGGGACGACCUCGAGCUGUCCACACCGCUGAAGUGGAACAGCGUGUCGACACCAAUCAGGUCGCUGAGAAGGUCGAAGUCAUUGACCUGCUUGAUGUGGAGAUCGCGAGCUCGAGCGAGAUCGACUCGAACGAUGCGGAAGAGAGAAGAGGACCUGUGAGCCAACAGAGUGUGCCUCCUCCACUCAGACAUAUUCUUUCGUGUGGGUCGGUUGGACGAAGUCAGAGACCUCAGGAGCGUGUUGGGUCUUCGUUCACAAUGCCUCCGCCGACGACAUCUUCGUUUGAUUAUCGGUCAUCAUACCCCACGCUAGGGUUGGAAGUAGCGCAGGUACCCCAGGCGAAGCAGAGGCAGCCACCGCCCAAGAAGAAGACACCAGCAUCAAAAACGGCCAAAGCGGCUGGAGCUUCCGCACAUCAGAUCGCAGAUCUAUGGUCUCGGAUCGACUUUGUCGACAUGUCUGCGCCAGGGGGGAGGCGAUCGGGAGAAGAGCUUUCCGAGAGUCUCAAGGCUCAACUGGCGCCUGGCUUCGCGAAAUUCUGCCAGAGCGACAUACACUGGGGCCGCUUGACUGCCAAACCAAUGAAGGUGCAGUCCACUUGCUCGCAGCAACGUGUCCAUGGUCAAACGACUACAGAGACACAGCUCCACACAUGUGAUUACUGUAUCUCAAAAGGGCUACCUUGUGUGUACUCGACGAGAGACUAUCGGCCACUGAUGGUUUCUCUACCAGAACAUCAGCGACGUGGCAUUGCACCUGGCGAUAUUCGGUAUUGGAUCCUUCAGUUGGAGAGUGGCUGA